AUGCAAGUCGAAGUUCAAUUCAAUGGAGCAAUCAAGCCCUCUCUUCUAUUCCUCGUAGACAGAGCCACUAUCAUUUCAAUAGAAAAAACAGUUGAUGUGUUAACACCUGUUUUCUGUGGCCAAGUCGCUGAGUCCAAAGAAGCGUUGACAACUAAGAAAAAAGAUGAGAAAGAGAGCAGCGAUGAUGACGACUGGCUUACACGAAAAGACCCGCCCGUUAAUGAUGAGGAGAUUCUUGCGCAAGACGAGGAGUUCCUCGAGAAGGCUCGAACCUUUGAAGACCGUUGGAACAAGGGUGAUCCGAGCUUGUCCAUCGACUUCCCACACUCAUUGGAGCAGACCAUCUCGGAGGAGGAAGAGGAUGGUGAAAGUUUGCUUGAAGGAAUGGUCUUUCAACGUCUGGGCGAGAAGCUUUGCUUUGCUUCGCCUCUGAAGGACUACUAUCUGGCCAUACCAUAG